CCUGUCUGUGUGUUGGUGUAUAGACGAUCUUCGUAGCUAGCGGCGCCCUGUGUGUCAACAUUAACGGAUGAACAACAAGCGGCGGCGGUUAGCUGCUCAGAGAACUGUCGGGCCGGUGACUUAUCUUCUUGCCAAGGCGAACAACCUCUGAGAGAGCUGACGAGAACCAGCCGGUGAGAAGGACGAUACAUUUUAUGGAGGAGACACCGGAGGUGCAGCAGUCCUGAGUGUAACAUGCAGAUGGAGGUGUAAACCCCACUGAUGGAAACCCAGAGGAAGAGCUCUGAGGAUGACGGUGGUGGAGAGCGAGGCCUGCUCCACACCUGGAGGGGCUACUCCUACAGCGUCACCCCAGAGAGGGUGCUCCUCCCCAGGCCGGUGCUGCAGGUUGCUCUGGGCUCACGGCACGGCAUCCUGCUGGUGGAAGGAGGACAGGUGUACAGCUUUGGUGAGUUGCCAUGGAAACAGAGCCAGGUGCCCGAGCCGGCCAAACCGACCCUGGAGAGCGCGCUCAGUGGGCAGCGGGUGGUCGCUGUCGCUGCCGGAAGCUUCCACUGCGGAGCGGUGACGGAGGACGGCGGCGUCCACAUGUGGGGCGACAACGGUGCCGGUCAGUGCGGCCUUCCGGGCCUCAGCACCGUCCCCAACCCGACUCCGGUGGCUCUGCUGGACUCGAACCGCAGCCCUCCGCAGACGGUGCCGGUGCUGGAGGUUUCCUGUGGCGAGCGGCACACGCUGGCGCUGUCGGUCCAGAGGGAGGUGUGGUCGUGGGGCAGCGGCUGCCAGCUCGGCCUCAACGCCUCCGUCUUUCCUGUCUGGAAGCCGCAGAAGGUGGAGCACCUGGCCGGCAGGUGUGUGCUGCAGGUGGCCUGCGGGGCGUCACACAGUCUGGCUGUGGUGCGCUGCCCGGGGCCUCAGGACGUCCAGCGGCCGCCCGUCGACAAAUGUGGUCAGUGUAACCAGCUGCUCUACACCAUGACGGACAAAGAGGACCACGUCAUCAUCUCAGACGGACACUACUGCCCCCUCGGCGUGGAGCUGACGGAGGACGAGGGCAGGCUGGAGGCGCCGGCCCCCACACAGGGGCUGAAGACCUCCCCAUCAGAGCCCGUCCUGCCCUCCUACACCUCCACCUCCUCUGCCAAAAGUGCUGAACCCUCCUCCGAGCCGUCUGACCCUCAGGACUCCCAGAAAGAUGGAGAAUCUGUAGCUAGUGGAGAGCUGCCCACCUCAGAGCCUGAUGCAUCAGUUCAGUCCAAAGGUUCGAGCGGCUCUUCUGCUUCAGUGAAGAAUUCACCGUAUCCAGACGAACAGGCUGUGAAGGAUUACCUGAAGAAACUGACAGACACCACACAGGCCGAAACAAAGACGACUGUUGGAGGGCUGCACACUCUGCUGCCCUCGGCAGCAGGACUCGGUUCCUCCGCUCCCACCUCCGCUCUCAACACCCUGGUGGCCUCCUGUGCCUCCGCCGUGGGCGAGCGGGUGGCCUCCACCUACGAGGCUCUGUCGCUCAAAAAGAUGAUGAACUUCUACCUGCCCUCGGCGGCGGCCAGGUCAGGCGGCGGCGUGGGCGACAACAGCACCGAGCGAGUCCGUCAGGAGGACUCGGUUCAGGCGAAGAAGAGCUCCAGCACCGGAGACAUCCGCGAAGAGGAAGCUGAAGGUCUGCGGCGUCGCCUCUCACUGCCAGGACUCCUCUCUCAGGGUAGAUACGCUGUUCACCUCUUAUCCUCCUCCUAUGCCCUGCUGCUGUCCCCUCGGCUGCUGAGGAAAGCCGGUCGUCCUCGGAUGCGAGCGGUGGCCCUCAGCCCGCCGGGAGGCUCCGUCCCCGGGGCCCAGGAGGUGCUGCCCUCCCUGCAGACGGAGGUGUGGAGCUGGGGCCACGGAGAGCACGGCCAGCUGGGCCACGGAGACAACAUCGCCAGGCUGCAGCCGCUCUGCAUCAAAAGUCUGAACAAUAAGGAGGUUGUUCGGGUGGCGGCCGGCGCUCAUCAUUCACUCGCUGUGACGGCUCAGUCUCAGGUGUUCUCGUGGGGCAGCAACAGCUCCGGUCAGCUCGGACACAUGAACUCGCCGAGCACCGUCCCCAGACUCGCCAAGAUGUCGGAGGGGAUCCGGGUUUGGGACAUAAGCGCCGGUGAGAAGCACACCCUCCUGCUGGCCGACGGCGACUGCAUCCAGCCCAUCAUCUACUACAGCGGGCAGCAGGUGAAGGAGGAGCAGCAGCAGGAGGAGGAGGAGGAGGAGGAGGAGCAGGCCAAGGAGGCCGGUCGGCAGGAGGAAGGAGAGGAGGAGCAGGAGAGGACGGGAGACUACACCCAGCAGCCGGUGCUGCUGCCGUUCUGCAUGAACCUGGGCUAUGUGAGCAGUGUGUUUGCGGGCGGCCGGCGGUGCGUGGCGCUCUCAGACAGGAACGUGAUGGGCUUCAUCGCCAGCCUCCACGAGCUGGCGUCCGCCGAGAGGAAGUUCUACUGCAAGCUGUGCAGCAUCAAGUCUCAGAUCAUCCGCCCCCUGCUGGAGCUGGAAUCUCUGAGCUCCGCCCUCGGUCAGGUGGUCCUCGGGGUCCUGCAGACGUUGGCGGGUCGGUUCAGCAUCCUGUGUCACCUGACCGGUCAACACGCCGCCAGCCUCACCGCCAACCUGCGCCGCGGCCGCGAGGUCAAAAAUCUGCUCAUCCUCGACCACGCCGGCAUCUUCCUGGAGGCUUACCGCGACUACUGCGACGCUUUGGGAAACUUCCAGGUGAUGGGAGGUUUCCAGGCUUUGACUAAACCUUCCCUAGACUUCUUUGGGAAGAGUCCCGAGCUGAUCCAGAAGCUGUCAGAGUGCAGCGAGGAGAACCCCGUCAUGGCCGACCUCCUGGUGGCGCUCUUCUACCUCCCGACUCGCCACCUUCACGAGUACGGACGCCUGCUGCUCAAACUGGCCACCUGCUUCGAAGUGAGCUCCAGCGACUACCAGAAGCUGCAGGACAGCUGCUCCAAGUUCGAAGCUUCGGCCCUGCAGCUGAAGAGAAAACGGAAAGAGGCGGAUUACACCUUCAACUUCUGGAAGAGCUUCCCUGGAAAAAUGACGGACUCUCUGAGGAAGCCUCACCGCCGGCUCGUCUGUGAGAGCAGCAACAAAGCCCUGACGCUGCAGAACGCCGGACGCUUCUCCGUCAACUGGUUCAUCCUCUUCAACGACGCUCUGGUCCACGCGCAGGGCGUGGCGCCUUGUAAGAACCUAUUCUCCACCCAUCACAUCUUCCCUCUGGCUACACUUUGGGUGGAGCCGAUCCCAGAGGAGGACACCGGACUAUUUGGAUUAAAGGUGAUCACACCUGAGGAGACGUUCACCCUGCUGGCCUCGUCUGCCAUGGAGAAGGCCAAGUGGCUUCGCUCCAUCAACCAGGCGGUGGACCAGGCGCUGAGCGGGUCGGGGCAGGACGUGGCGUCGGCCGGGUCGGGGCAGAAGUUGGAUCCUCCCAUCUCCAGGACGGCGUCGUACACUUUCUAUAAAGACGGACGGCUAAAAGAGGCGACGUACGACGGCCGCUGGCUCGCUGGGAAACCCAACGGCAGAGGAGUGCUGAAGUGGCCUGAUGGGAGGAUUUACACGGGAGCGUUCAAGAACGGACUGGAGGACGGCUUUGGGGAGUUUGUGGCUCCGAAUAAAACACUGAACAAGAACGACCACUAUCAAGGUCACUGGAAAGACGGGAAGAUGCACGGCCUGGGAACGUACAGAUACGCCAGCGGGGAAGUUUACGACGGAUCUUUCCAGGACGGGAUGCGUCACGGUCACGGGAUGCUGCGCAGCGGCAAACUCAACACCUCCUCGCCGAGCGUCUUCAUCGGCCAGUGGCUGCAGGACAAGAAGACGGGCUACGGAGUCUUCGACGACAUCACUAAAGGAGAGAAGUUCAUGGGCAUGUGGCAGGACCACCAGCGGCAGGGAACCGGCGUCGUCGUCACUCAGUUUGGCCUUUACUACGAAGGAGCCUUCAAAGACAACAAGAUGACGGGCACCGGGGUCCUUCUGUCCGAGGACGACACGACGUACGAGGGCGAAUUCUCCGACGACUGGACCCUCAGUGGAAAGGGCGUGCUGACGAUGGCGAAUGGCGACUACCUGGAGGGCUCCUUCAACGGUGAAUGGGGCUCAGGGCUCAAAGUCACCGGCUCCUACUUUAAACCUCACCUGUUCGACACCGACAAGGAGAAGACCAGAGCCGUGAGGUUGGGGCGUCUGUGUGUCUGCGCUGAGGACAAAUGGCAGGCGGUGUUCGAGGAGUGUUGGACUCAGCUGGGCUGCGAUUCGCCGGGUCAAGGAGACAACGGGAAGGCCUGGGAGAACAUCGCUGUGGCCCUCACCACCAGCCGGAGACACAUCCAGGACAGUCCAGAGACGUUGUCCCGGAGUCACAGCAAAACUCUGGAGAGUCUGGAGGUGAUUCCUCAGCACACGGGACCGAUCACCAUGGAGAGAUACCACAGCAUCCGCCUCUACCUCAUCAAGGCCUGCGACACCCCCCUCCACCCGCUGGGCCGGCUGCUGGAGGCCCUGGUGGCCGUCUACCGGAUGACCUACGUGGGCGUCGGAGCGAACCGCCGGCUGCUGCCUCAAGCCGUCAACGAGAUCAAGUCUUACCUCAGCCGCAUCUUCCAGAUCGUCAGGUUUCUGUUCCCAGACCUACCAGAAGAGGGCGGUGUGAUUCCAGAGCCGACCACCAGCCUCCAGGACAUCAAGGACGCCACCGAUGCCCCGCUGGAGUCGCCCAAACCCAGCCGUGUGGUGAGCAGCUCGGCUCUGCUGCUGCCCGUCCUGCUGCCUCGUCUUUACCCGCCGCUCUUCACCCUCUACGCUCUGGAUAAAGAACGAGAGGAUGACGUCUACUGGGAGUGCGUCCUCCGCCUCAACAAGCAGCCCGACCUCGCCCUGCUGGCCUUCCUGGGCGUCCAGCAGAAGUUCUGGCCCGUUUCCAUCCCGACUUCUUUACCUGCACGGGGAGAGAAGCAGCAGGUGAUGUCCAGCACCAAAGACGCCUGCUUCGCCUCUGCAGUGGAAACACUUCAGCAGAUCAGCACAACGUUCACGCCGUCAGACAAGCUGCAGGUGAUCCAGCUCACCUUCGAGGAGAUCACGCAGGAAGUUCAAGCUCUGCUGAAGCAGGACUUCCUGUGGUCCAUGGACGACCUGUUCCCCGUCUUCCUCUACGUGGUGCUGCGAGCUCGAAUCAGGAAUCUCGGUUCAGAGGUCAGUCUGAUCGAAGACCUGAUGGAUCCGUGUGUUCAACACGGAGAACACGGAAUCAUGUUCACCACCCUGAAGGCCUGUUACUACCAGAUCCAGCAUGAGAAGAUCACUUAAGACCGGAUCCGCUGGUGAUCCGGUGGGAAGCGAAGGAUCUGCUGCUGCCAUGGAGACGGGAUCACCUCUCCCGUCUCUGACUCUCUACCAGCUUCUUAUCCACAGAUCAUGAAGGUACUCGUGUGAAUAUUCUGCCGCAGACGAGCCUCUUAACGCCGUCCGGUGUAAAACGAUGAAUCCUGGGCGGUUUCUCCACCUCGGAGGGACGAAGACGUUUGUUCCGGUGUUUGUUCGGCUCAUUGUGGGAUCACUGGACCUGAAGAUUCAGCCUGAAGAACAGAAACAUGAAGUUUGGUCUGUUUGCUUCACACAGGCGGGAAAUAAUCUCCUCGAAGCUUCAGGAUUUAUGCAAUUCUCGGCAGACAGAUAUUUAAGAAACCAACUAGUUCUUCUUCACUAAAAAGGAAGUAGGAAUCGACUGGUAUGUUUUUUAUCCCCCUAACCAAGGAUGCUGAUAUUUUCAGUAACGGUUAAAUCAAGAUUUAAAACACAAAUUCCAAUGCAAAACUUUGUUGAGAUGCUUUUGUUUAUUCAUGUUUCAAACAAAAUACCCCAAAGUGACUACAUUUACACCAGUCAUUCAUUGAUUUUGUCAGAUUUCCAGCUUUCCAGCACUUCAUCCGUGCCAUCCGAUUGGAAAAAUUAACCAAAUAUGAGCUUAAAAAUGGGAUAUUUCAACAAAUCCACUUUAUCCUAUCUGUCUCUUGCAAAAAAAUGCAGUCAAAUAAAUAUUUUGCAAACAAGUUAUGUAAAAAAAACUAAAAAAAAUUAUGUACUCAUCAUUUUCUCGACUGAACUGCAGGCAGUGUUUUCACAGAGCAGACGAAAGCCAAUAAACAAUAUAAAUAAUAAAAUAUCUUUAGCAUGUAGAGCCACCUUCUUCCAGUUUGGAAAACACAUGUAGGCCUUUGGGAAAAUGUUACACAUGUUGACUGCAUGUUUUCUCUCUUUUUUUAAAAAAAUUUUUGUGAAAUAAGUAAUCAAAGAAAUUCGCCUUUUCUUGUUUGUUUUUUUAUGAUUUAUGGCCUCCAGAAAUGUGGCCGAUACCAGCUGACAGAGUGAAAGCACUUCCUAAAUACUUCAUUCCGUUUUUCUUCGCUAAAUUGACAAAAUUUUGUUAGUUUCUUCCUUUUCAAGGUUCUUUUUAGUGGUUUAUUUGCCUUUAUUUUGUGCAUUAUACUCCAAACUUAAACACAAACCAUAAGUCUUGUGCUUUUGUCGCCAGAGGAUCGGUUGGUUUGAUAAAUAUCUGCCUAAGCGGUCAUUUAUGGCGAAGUUUGAUACUGUAUUUAUACAAAACAACUCCAAACUGACUGUAACUCUAAAUAUCCAUUUCUGUGACGUGAAGCUGAAGAUCCGGCUUCGAUUCGAGGACUGAAAGCACAGACUUUUCCCAAAAGCACGUUAUCGACUGAGAAAAUGCACAACCACGCUCUGGUUUUUGAAGAGGUUUUGCGGGAAAACCGACAAUCUGAAGGCGCACAUUGUUUUGUUUGAUGAAGUUUCUGGUUCAAAUUACUGUAACUGUACAGGACAGCGACUACAUGUUUGUUUCCUAACCUGCUUUUAUUGUGAUUUCUAGGAUAAAUCUUCCUUCAACAGGAGGAUUUGAGCUGCAGGAAGCUGUUUGUAUUAAUUGUGAAUAACACAGGAGCUAAACUAACCGCAAUCUGAAGCUACAAUUUGAACUACAAAACAAAUAUUUGGGUUAUUUUUUUCCAUUUGCAGGUGAACAGAAGGUCAGCGGGCUUCAAUGUGAACACAUUAGAGCAUUCUCGACCUCAUGAAGCUCAAAGCUCUGCUCAUCUGUUAAUACUGUUCUUUUUUUAACUGUCACACACUUAUGAUCUGCGUCACACAUGCCACUUUAUAAAAGGGCUUAAGAGAGGAGUGUUUUGUUUUUUUAAAAAUAACACAGACGGCUUUACUUUCCUCAGACGGUUAAACAACAGAGAGGCCGGCGGAUCAGAGGUGAAGCUGCCGUUUUAUCCGCAGCGGUUUUUGAAAACUGAAAACGGGCGUCCAGCUGGUACUGACAAAACCGAUCUACAGUGUAUAUUAUGUGCAAUAUGUCAUUUAAAUGUCAAAAGCUUCAGUUAAGAUUGACUUUAUGAAACAUAAAAGCCCCAAAGGAGGAACUGAGUGCAACAAAAGUUCAUUUCUGUGAUUCUAAUCUGAAUUUUGUACAAUAUUUUGUGCGUCUACAUGUAUUUUUGAUGAACAACUCAAUCAUCCUCAAUAUGAAGGACGCCAAAUUCCUAUAAUUCAAGGUAAUUUUGGCUCUUUUUGGGGUGAUUCUGUAAGUUUUGUGAGCCAAAUUUAUGUUUUUGUCACAAUUUUACCUAUUUUGGGUGUUUUUCCUGGCAUAGUUGAACCCUUCAAGGUAGUUUAGGCUCUUUUUGUGGUAAUUUUCCAGUUCUUUUGAAGUUAUUUUAGUUGGAAUAUUCCUCUUCUUCAAGCUUCUACAGACUGGGAGCUAGAAUUUUUGAGUAUCCACAGGCAUUAUGGCGCAUCUACAAAUAUCGUCUCCAAAACACCUUCGACUGCCGCCUCAGUUCUUCUCUGUCAGGACUAUGCAUUCACUGUGGUAGUCCUUGUUCUCCCAACAUUUAUCAGGCUUGUUUUCAUGCAUUUAAUAAGCAGACUCUACGCUUGCAGUUUUCCACCUAAGGAUAUAUUUCUCGUCCUCCAUCCAUAGAGGUAGAUGAGGUCGAUGUGGAUUCACUUUUGUUGCGCUGAGUUUCUACUUUGGGGCUUGAAAGUGUUUCUUUUUGAUUGUUUCGAGCAAAUACUCUGAUGCAGUUUCACAUUUAAUUGAUGUUGCACAUGGGUGUACUUCUGUUGUGUAAUGCGUGUUGGUCAGACAGAUAUUAGAAAAACUCAGAACUGCUGCUGCUGUUUUGCGUUUUAAGCGUGCCGGUGAAAGGCCACGUGCUCAGACAUGAUCCUCACAUGUAAUUUCAGAGUUUAAUCAUUUCGAAUCUCUCCUGCUUUUUGCUCUUCCAUCCCUGCUGAGACCAUAUGUGCCUGAAGUGAAGCAAUAUUGUCCUUUCUAGUUCAUCCCCCAAAACGCCAUCGACACACUUUAGGCAAAAGCAAUCAAAACAUCCGCCGGAUUGAACAUUAAUUUGACGACCAGGGAUUUAAGUUGAAUGCUGUUCUCCCUCCUGUUUUUUUUUUUUUUUUUACUUCCUCUGCUGUGACUUUUUCAUUUUACUGAACCACAAUCUGAAGGCUGACAUCAAUAAAAACUGAGAUUUCCAGUGCACAACAACACAACUGACUAGUGCAGAAGUAUUACAUGUAUAGCAACAGUCGUACGCCAACUGACAAACUGUGUUUCGUAUAAACUGAAGAAAGUGUUCAUAAGCUCAUGUUGGGUUCGUGUUUUUAACCCUGUGACUUGUUACCUGACUGCACCUCAUGUUGUUGCGUUGUGAGUGAAAGUAGCUGUUACGUCGGUGGACUUUUGACUUGACGGACGCCCACAUGUGUGUCUUUUACAUGUCAAAUGUGUUGUACCUUUAAAUACUGACAAGGGGCAAUAAAGUCAUUUGAUGGUUGUUGCAGA